UAGGUAGGGAGAGGCAUCGAGAGAGCCAGAGACAUGCCAUUGGAGAUAAUUGAUUACAUCCCAAUCAACAAUAACUUGUUAGCCAUAGUCAAUGUAUCAGUCUCUCUGUUCUCUCCUCUCUCUCUGGUUGAAGGAUGAAUUUAGUUGGAGGUAAUCUGCAUUCACUCUGAGGGAAGCAGCAAAGAUUAUAAGAAUCAAACAACUGAGAUUCUUGGACAAUAGUGGGAAGAAAAGUCCUCAUCACGAUUGUGGAUCCUUAUCUGCUCCUCACACCUCCCUCCUCCCCCCUCCUCCUUUUUAAAUUCAUUUUAACCUUGCGUUGCAAAGCCUUUAAGAAGACAGCAAGGAGGAAGACAUUGGACUACUGGAGAGAGAACUUUUUUUGUAGACGCUCCAGUCUUGGUGAAGUUCUCCCCAAUAAUGACCUCCAAGGAAGAAGCCAAAUCCUCUUCUGUGGAAGAGAGAAGGAGAAAUGCUUUGGACCACUUACCACCUCCUGCAAAUUCUAACAAACCCCUGACUCCCUUCAGCAUUGAGGACAUCCUGAAUAAGCCCUCUGUCAGAAGAAGUUACACCAUCUGUGGGACAGCUCAUCUACUGUCCACUUCUGAGAAGCCCCCUCCUGCAGGGUUACCCCUGUCCAGCAGAACACUUCUAUCCCAAACCUCACCUCUAUGUGCCCUGGAGGAACUGGCCAGCAAGACCUUCAAAGGUUUGGAAGUCAGUGUCCUGCAAGCUGCUGAAGGACGAGAUGGAAUGACAAUAUUUGGACAGAGACAGACCCCCAAAAAGAGGAGAAAAUCCCGAACAGCUUUUACAAACCACCAGAUAUAUGAGCUCGAAAAAAGAUUUUUAUACCAGAAAUAUUUAUCCCCGGCAGACAGAGACCAAAUCGCACAACAAUUGGGACUGACCAAUGCUCAGGUCAUCACCUGGUUCCAGAACCGAAGAGCAAAGCUCAAAAGAGACCUGGAGGAGAUGAAAGCAGAUGUGGAGUCAGCCAAAAAAAUGAGCCCCACCGCGGUGGAAGCUGUGCUCACUAUCUCAGAACUAGAGGAGACAGAGUCCUUACCCAGAUCGACGACCAGAUCGCCCCAACAUGUAUUGGGCAGCCACCUUCAGAUGUCCCCUUCAUCCCCCCUCACAGACCAGCACACCAGCAAAGAGUGCUCAGAAGAUGAGGACGACGUGGAGAUUGAUGUUGAUGACUGAUUUUUAUUUCAUCCUUAAUAUUAUUAUUAUUAUUAUUAUUUUUUUUUAUUAAUCAAAAGACUAGAAAACACUCACCUAAAAGCAAGAAUGGACAGUAUUUAUGCUGCACUUGUGUUCUAUCUCCAAAUUUACACCCAAGACAGAUUUCUUUUUUUUUUUUCAAUAAAUAAAAGCAAUAAGUAAUAUUUAUAAACAAAAAAAAAAAAA